AUGCUUAAAAAGCUGCAGAGACAGUUCUGUGCUUACAACACAAUGGGGUCCUGGCAGCUUUUUGUGCUCAGCUUUGUGCUGGCCUGUGUCCAGCUGAGUAAUGCUCGAUUCUUAAGUAUGAGUGGGCCAACCUACUGGGGAGUUGAGGUGGCAGUCCAGCCAGAAGCAGCAGAACCUGAGAGAGAGCACUCCAGGAGGUCUACGCAACAAUCUGGCAGGCUCCAGGCAAGGCGGAACCAGCCAGCAGAACCAUUCUCCUGGAAGUAUCCACAAGAUCCGGUGGAUUCGGUGAAAAAGCCCCCUGUCAAGUUUACAACACAGCGGCCGAUGAUGACCAACCGUGUUGCUGUGAGGUGUGGGGAGAAUAGGAUCCAGGUGGAAGUGAACCAGGACCUGAUGGGCCGCGGCAGGCUGAUAAAGCCAGAGGAUAUCAAACUCGGUGGUUGUUCAGCCACUGAGAUCGACAACUUGUCUCAUGUGCUCGUCUUUGAAUGUGAGCUGCACGCCUGUGGCAGCACAUUAGUGAUGAAAGAGAAUACCUUCCUUUAUGCUUUUGAACUAUUCUACAACCCCAGAGUGUUGGGUAGAAGUCGCAUCGUGAGGCGCCAGAGUAUGGUCAUAGGAAUAGAGUGCCACUACCCAAGAUGACUUGAAAGCCGGAUCGACCUGCAAGGACCCACUUGACUUUACUGUGAAUUAAAAAAUGUUUUUAUAUGUAUUAGCGAACUACAAUAAAAGUUAUAUUUUUUUUAAUGUCAA